AUGAAAAAAUUCCAAACUCAACUAAUCUUACUUGUUGCAAUACUGUGCCUAGUAUCAUCAUGUCACUCUAUUCAACAAGAAUUAGAAAGGAAAAUAUCAGCAGUUUCCUUUGAAUAUUCAACUCAAGAUGGUUUCAUCUUUAAACAACCAAUUCAAACAAAACUCUAUCAAUCAGUUGACCCGUCCAAUAAUCCAAUAGUUAGUGAAAUUGAUGGAGUAUGCGACCCUCCAAACACAUCCACUAAUUCUCUUCUCCAACUCUUUACCUCACCAUUCGCCUACUACUUUCGAAUGAAAGAUUAUUCAACUUUCUUUGGGCCUGUUUUGUCUCAUAAGGAAGUUUGUACUGUAAGGGUUAAAAUGGGAAUUUCUCAAUUACCUGCGAAUAUUGAUAAUGCAGAGUACGAUUCCUCUUUCUUGGAAGGUUUGAGAGUAAUUUCAGAUUCGAAUAGUGUUUCUAAUUUUCAAAGUAUUUUCGGUCCGUUUAUUGCAACUAACAUUCAAUACGGAAAUAGUGAAUUGACCUCCUUUUACAAAAGUCUUCCUGUAGGAAUUUACCAAACUCCAAUACUGUCCAGUGAAUCUCUAAUCCCAUUCAAACAAGUGAAAAAUUCAAAUGUUUGGUUUUCAAAUGGAAAUAUUGUAAACUUUACAAUUUCAACAUUAUCAAACUUUGUCAAAGUGAACAAUUUAGCUCCCUCCAACGUUAUCGCUUCCAUUCAAAAGCUAGAAACCGAUUCGUUCAUUGAUCCUUUACAAAUUCAAUCAUUGUAUCAAUCAUCCUAUUCCACUAACUUUCCAAUUUGUGAAAAUUCAAGAAUUUUCAAUUUAAUUGAAGCCAAUUUGGAUUCUGGAUUCAUGACCUAUGUGAUUACUUAUGCUUACCAGAUGUAUGGUGUCACUAUUGGUCAAAUAAGAAAUGGUUUUGAAUCUAAGGGAAUAUUUUCAAAUGUCAAAUUGACUUCAAUUGCUGGAUUGUCACUUGACAGAAAUCAUAUUACUGGCAUUCCAAUAUUCAAAGUGAAUAGAGCAGCAAGUUCUUCAAUUAGAGAAUCUUAUUUGACCAUGGAUGAAAGUGAGGCUAAAUCCAUUUCAUCUGAUUACUCAAUUCUUGGAUAUUGCUCAUCUGUCAGUACUCAUCCAGAUAUGAUUCCACUAUACAGAUUCAAUUUUGAUAGACAUUAUUACAGAACUAGCGAGAAGGGAGAGUCAGGUUGGAUUAUAGAAGGUUUAAUGUGUUAUGUGUAUUCACAUAUAGUUUCAAUUCCAUCAGCUCAAAUUUGUAUUGUAAAUUAAAAUCUUACUUCAGU